UCUUUCUCUGUCUCUUUCUCUUUAAUAAUCUUUAUAUAUUGGAAUUUGGAAGAGAAAGAAAACCAAAAAGCUCAUCACAGGAUCAUAUAUAGGAGUAUUUGCCGGAAAAAGAAUUUGAAUACAAGUAAAAGGAUGGAGGUGGACGGAAAAUCGGUGAGACGAUCUGGGAAGCGCAGAAAGACGUGUUGUAUAGCGGUGAUAGGGAGCAUCGUCGGCAUAGUGAUACUGAUUGUAAUACUAGCGUUCACAGUGUUCAAGGCCAAGCGUCCCGUGACAACGUACGACAACCUGAGCAUCAAGGAUCUGGACGUGUCUCUGGAUAUUGCCAAGGUCAGAGUGUACAUCAAUGUCAGUGUGGGAGCGGAUGUCUCCGUCUACAACCCUAACAAGGUGGGCUACAAGUACGACAACUCCACCGCCCUCCUCAACUACAGAGGCCAGCUCGUCGGCGAAGCGCCACUUAUGGCCGGCGAAAUAACCGCCGGCGGGACCGAACACAUCAACCUGACACUCACCGUCAUGGCCGACCGUUUACUCUCCAACUCCGAUAUCUUAUCCGAUGUCACCUCCGGUGCCCUGCCCUUCAACACCGUCGUCAAACUUUCCGGCAAAGUCAAAAUCCUUUUUUUCAAGAUUCACGCCGAUACUUCCACAACCUGUGAUUUCAACAUUUAUAUCUCCAAUCGAACUAUUGGCGAUCAAAAAUGCGUGUAUAAGACAAAAAUUUAGCCACCGCUUUUAUUAUGGAUCCUUGGUCAAAGCAAAUCAGGCGUCGGCAAUGAAGAUUAUUCACUGAGUCGGCACAAAUUUGGUACAACUGUAGCGAGAUGCCUUGAAGAAGCAUCAAAUACAGUUCUUAAAAGAAGGGAGUUCACACCGAAUUGGUUGGAGUCGGUUAUGUCAGCGAAGGAAGGAUGGUCCCUUGGCUUAGGUACUUCUGAUCGACUAAGGAGUAAGGAGUAGAUAUGUGUUGAUGCGUAAUGGUUACACCAUCAUGGCUUUUAUUGACUUUGUCCUCUUAAUUGAAAUCUGGGUUUGAUGAUGUAAA